AUUUUUUGUUUCAAUUCUCUUGCUUUCUUCUUCAUCCCUUCGGGUUUUUCUGAGUUUCGAUCAACUCACAGGAAUACAGUAUGACUUCACUUGCCAUCAGAUGUGCAAAGCUCCUUAGAGUAUCUGUUUCUACAACACCCACCUCUUCUCUAGUCGAGGGUGUGCGACGUACCUCCAAGAUGUGGUAUUCAACAGGUUCGGUUGAUGAUUCUGAAGAUGAUGACUGGGUAACCAAAGAGGCUGAUGAUGCUUUGAGUUUCAAGCCAGACAGGCGUGAGCCACGGCCCCAAGGUGUCAGUCCUGGAAAGGGUUGGGAUUUUCGUGGUGUACACAAGGCAAUUAUAUGUGGGAAAGUUGGGCAAGCCCCCGUGCAGAAGAUAUUGAGAAAUGGAAGAACUGUGACUAUAUUUACAGUUGGAACAGGUGGUAUGUAUGACCAGAGAAUCAUACGGGACCAAAACACACCAAAACCUGCCCAAUGGCAUCGAAUUGCUGUGCAUAAUGAUACACUUGGGGCAUAUGCAGUUCAACAAAUCACUAAAAACUCUCAAGUCUUUGUUGAGGGUGAUAUUGAGACCAGAGUUUACAAUGACAGCAUAAAUGGUGAAGUUAAAUAUGUACCAGAAAUAUGUAUCCGCCGUGAUGGAAGAAUUCGCCUUAUAAAGCCUGGUCCAGGUGUUAACAAUAUAUCCUUUGAUGACCUGAGUGAGGGAUUGGUGUAGUCUGACCUAUAAGGGCACAUAGUGAGAAACGUUUCACCGAAAAUGGGAGCAGCGGAAACUUCUAACUUUAUAU